CUUGGGUCAUUCGGUCAGACAACGCAUAUAAAACCACAUACUUCACAGAAAUUCACAGAGAAUCAUACAUUAUAGGAAAUCUUCUCUGUGUCAUUUAUAUUCAACAGGGGCAAGUUUUUGACUAUUAAAAAUGAGCAACGUCACCAACUACAACGAGGUUUCCAAGUCCUACGACUCCGGAAGAAAGGCCGCGGAUGCCCACGUGAUCAAAAGUUUGAUGGAGAACUUUACCGGAAAAGAAGUCCGGGAUAUGGAUCUCGUUGAUAUUGGCUGUGGUACAGGAAAUUACUCGGAAUACUUCAUGCAGUUUGAGCCACGCAGCUUGACUUUAUUUGACGCCAGUGAGGGUAUGCUGAAUAAAGCCAAAGGAAAGGUGACAACGUCGGCAUCAUCUAAAACAAAGCUUUCCUUCCAUCAAGUCGUCUUACCAGAUAUGCCUUUCCAAGACAACUCUUUCGAUGCUGGCAUGAUCAACCUGGUUUUGCAUCACUUAGAGGUAAAUCCCGACGGAAAAUCAUUUCCCAACGUAUCGAAAACGCUGAAAGAAGCCUACCGAGUUCUGAAACCCGGCGGUGUACUCACCAUUAUUACGGAAACACCGGAAACCAUCGACGGAACAUGGUUUGGACAACUCGUACCUCAAACCUGCAAGAGGUGGCACAAACGAUUCCCAAGCCAUACACAGAUGACAACAAUGUUUAAAGAAGCUGGAUUUUCUCUGAAAUCAGCUUUGAAGUCGUUGAUGCCAUCGUAUCUUCCAGGAUAUGGACAUCUUGACGGACCGCUGCAUGAAUCUUGGAGAAAUAAUAACUCCUUUUGGGUACAAUUCAGAAUGAGCAAUGUCACAGAUUACAACGAGGUUUCCAAGUCCUACGACACCGGAAGGAAGGCCGCUGAUGCCCAUGUGAUCAAAAGCCUAAUGGAACAUUUUACAGGAAAGGAUGUCAAGGAUAUGGAUCUCGUUGAUAUUGGCUGCGGGACAGGGAAUUACUCGGAAUACUUCAUGCAGUUUGAACCGAAUAGCUUGACUUUGUUUGACGCCAGUGAAGGUAUGCUGAACAAGGCCAAAGGAAAGGUGACGACGUCGGCAUCAUCUAAAACAAAGCUUUCCUUCCAUCACGUCGUCUUACCGGAUAUGCCUUUCCCAGAGAACUCUUUCGAUGCUGGCAUGAUUAACUUGGUUUUACAUCAUUUGGAAGAAAAUCCAGAUGGAAAAUCCUUCCCAAAUGCAGCAAAAGCCUUGAAAGAAGCAUUCAGAGUCCUGAGGCCGGGUGGGGUAUUGACCAUCACUACCGAGACACCGGAAAAUCUGGAAGGGAACUGGUUCGCGCACCUUGUCCCAGAAGCUACAAAGAGGUGGUACAAAAGGCUGCCAACGCAUGCGCACAUUAAGAACAUGCUCGAAGACGCAGGAUUUUCGAUGAAGUCGUCGUAUAAAACAUUAAUGGCUUCAUAUUUCCCAGAACAAAGGGACCUUGAAGGUCCUUUGCAUGAAUCUUGGAGAAAUUUAAAUUCGUUUUGGGCAAUUUGUACGCAGUCUGAAAUUCAAGACAUGGUUGAAAAAGUUACUCAGAUGAAAAACGAGAACUCUCUUCGGGAAUUCUUUCAAAAACACGACACAACAUACAGCGUAGGCGCUCUUGAAAUAUUUGCAGCUCAAAAGUAACUUUCUUUUAUUCCAUCCGGAGCUCGAGGAACCAACGAGCUUGACAUUUAUUGAUACAUUUAUAGUCUUGAAUAAUUUCUUUUAUUUUAUCAUAGUGGUCAAUUUUAUUUAUGUUUAUUAUAUUAUAUCACUUGUUAUUUCAUUUAUUGUAGAAUUUAAAGUUGUUUAAAACAAACAAUUGCUCCAUUUUGACAGGUGACAUAAGUUAUAUUGUCUCUGGAAGGUUGGCUAUCGGAGAAGAUAUAAAUUAGAUAUUAAGAAAAUAAAAAAUCGACGAUAUUAAGAUUAUUUUAUUUAUGAUGUUCCUAGAAACCGAAGAAGGAUUUUAAACAUUAAUAAACAUAAUAAUAUUAAUCUUAUCAGGAAUUGGACAAACAAAAUGUCUUCUAACAUGCUACAUAUCUAUUUUAGCAUAAUGCUAUUAAAGAAAUUGAACUCAAACGAGAAAAGAAUUGCAAGAAAAGAGAGCAAAUUGGGACAAAAUAUGGAAUAUCUUUUUUUCCCACUGAAUUUUUUUAGCAGCGCUCUAAUAAAAAUACAUGUAGUUCAAUUUUAAUCGAUUAGCCAUCAUGGUAUUGUAGAUUUAAUUUUGUUUUAUCUCACUUGCAUGUUAAAAAAUGUCUUAUGCCAUACAGUUCAAAAUAAUUAAAAAAGCUGAAAACCAUAAUAAGGAACAUAAACAAAAUAAGUACCAUUGACCUUAUUUAAAUGUCAUGCCAGCAUAAAAGCCAAUAUAAGUAGUUUAAAAUUAUAAACUAUUGUUUGUUGCCAUCUUUAGGUUUUUUGAUAAUAAUGAUUUUUAUAAAAGGGAAAGUCUAGACAAUUGGUCGAGGUAAUUCGAUAUCUUUUUUUAAACCUAACUCAAAACUUUCUAAAGAUUUUGUUUGGCUACAAUGCCCUUCCUAAACUGCGCUCCAAUUUAAAAGUUUUAUCAUAAAUUUAUCAUUCAUUAUAAUAAAUUUUCAAUAUGAUGAUAAUCUGUCGAAUUGUUUUGUGCUGUUAUAUCUUUGGAUAAAAGUGAAUAAAUAAUCAAGGUAUUGAAGAACUGACGGGAUUUGAAUAUAUAAAUCACCAUUUAAAAAAAACCCAAACGACGACAUUUUA